AUGGGAAAUAAAAAGAAAUCCACAGCCUCUCAGGACUACAUGGAGCAAGGCUCCAACAAGAAAUUGGGAGACCUGGAUAGGUACUUCCGAGAAAAAGUGAAGCACCUGACGCAAGACGAAGAUAGCAACAUGGCGGCGGCCCCACAAGAAUCUGACUCACCUCCUCCGAGCCCGGCUUCUUCGGAACAAUCUACUGUCAUCAAAGACUCAGAAAUUAGGGAACUGCUACAAAACUUACCCUCCAAAACAGACCUGGCAUCUAUGCUGGCAAAAUUGGAAGAAUCAAUGCAAGAUAAGAUAUCCGACAUUGCCAGAGACGUGCACCACAUGGGGCAAAGAGUGGGAGAGCUGGAGGACAAAAACUUACGCACAAUUGAAGCAAUUAAAGCUCUGGAAACAAGACAAGGUGCAAUAGAAUUAAAAUACAUUAUUAUGGCCAGAAUCAUUGAAGAAUUAGAUAAUAGGAGCCGGAGGAAUAACCUACGCCUGAGAGGCCUACCGGAAACACAGGAAGCCUCAGAGGACCUACUGGCUAAAUUACAGGCAUUAUUCAACAACAUCCUCCAGAGACCCACGGACACUCCUGUCCUGCUAGACCGGGCCCACAAGGCACUGAGACCGAAAGGCCUCCCACAAGAUAAACCAAGAGACGUCAUAUGUAGAGCCCAUUAUUUUACAUUAAAGGAAGAGAUUCUCAAACUAUCAAAGAACUCACCAGCAAUGACACAGGGAAAUAUUCAACUGUAA